GAAGCUGGGGUCACUUCCUGCUCCGUCCCAGUCACCCUGAGCUGGUCCCGGGUCCUCAGCCCGGGAUCACCCCUCGAGGAGGACCCCGGCGUCCUCGGCAGCCGGCCCGCCGCCCCCCGGGCCGGGCAUCCAAGGGGUUAAGUCCCCGGGGCCGGACCCCGCCGCCCGCCUUCCCAGACCCCAGAGCCGGUCCCUGGAGCACUGGGCAGCCCUGAGCCCUGGGAUGGAGCCCGAAGCCGUGCUGUGGGGCCCGGACCUGCGGGGUCCUGAACGGAGCCCCAGCGAUGCUCACAGAGGUGAGGGGCACAAGAAGGGACAGCAGUCCUGACAAGACAGUGGCCCCAGUUCAGGGAGGGGCCCAGACUCCGGGGAGGGGAGAGAGACUGACCCCGUGUUCUGAAAGGAGAUGGGGGCUGGAGACUCCCUUUCUCUCUGUAGGUGCCGAGAGUGGGAACGAAGAGGAGAGCCCUCAGCAGGACAGUUCUGGGGAGGAGAUCAUCUUGGGCGAUCCAGCUCAGAGUCCAGAAUUCAAGGACCCACCAGAGAUGCCCCCGGAGAGACCCUCCCAGGAUCCCUCAGCCCCCCAGGACCCCCCCUCUCCACUGGGCCACCCCCACCCCCUGGACCACCAGACUCCUCUUGACCCCCCAACCCCUGAGGUAGUCCCUACCCCGGCUGACUGGACCAAGGCCUGCGAGGCCAGUUGGCAGUGGGGGGCUCUGACCACCUGGAACAGCCCCCCGGUGGUCCCCGCCAACGAGUCCAGCCUGCGGGAGCUGGUGCAAGGCCGCCCCUCCGGGGCCGAGAAGCCCUACAUCUGCAACGAGUGCGGCAAGAGCUUCAGCCAGUGGUCCAAGCUGCUGCGGCACCAGCGCAUCCACACGGGCGAGCGCCCCAACACCUGCUCCGAGUGCGGCAAGAGCUUCACGCAGAGCUCGCACCUGGUGCAGCACCAGCGCACGCACACCGGCGAGAAGCCCUACAAGUGCCCGGACUGCGGCAAGUGCUUCAGCUGGAGCUCCAACCUGGUGCAGCACCAGCGCACGCACACGGGCGAGAAGCCCUACAAGUGCACCGAGUGCGAGAAGGCCUUCACCCAGAGCACCAACCUCAUCAAGCACCAGCGCUCGCACACGGGCGAGAAGCCCUACAAGUGCGGCGAGUGCCGGCGCGCCUUCUACCGCAGCUCCGACCUCAUCCAGCACCAGGCCACGCACACCGGCGAGAAGCCCUACAAGUGCCCCGAGUGCGGCAAGCGCUUCGGCCAGAACCACAACCUCCUCAAGCACCAGAAGAUCCACGCGGGCGAGAAGCCGUACCGCUGCACGGAGUGCGGCAAGAGCUUCAUCCAGAGCUCGGAGCUGACGCAGCACCAGCGCACGCACACCGGCGAGAAGCCCUACGAGUGCCUCGAGUGCGGCAAGAGCUUCGGCCACAGCUCCACCCUCAUCAAGCACCAGCGGACCCACCUGCGCGAGGACCCCUUCAAGUGCCCGGUGUGCGGCAAGACCUUCACGCUGAGCGCCACGCUGCUGCGGCACCAGCGCACGCACACGGGCGAGCGGCCCUACAAGUGCCCCGAGUGCGGCAAGAGCUUCAGCGUCAGCUCCAACCUCAUCAACCACCAGCGCAUCCACCGCGGCGAGCGGCCCUACAUCUGCGCCGACUGCGGCAAGAGCUUCAUCAUGAGCUCCACGCUCAUCCGCCACCAGCGCAUCCACACGGGCGAGAAGCCCUACAAGUGCUCCGACUGCGGCAAGAGCUUCAUCCGCAGCUCCCACCUCAUCCAGCACCGCCGCACCCACACGGGCGAGAAGCCCUACAAGUGCCCCGAGUGCGGCAAGAGCUUCAGCCAGAGCUCGAACCUCAUCACGCACGUGCGCACCCACAUGGACGAGAACCUGUUCGUGUGCUCCGACUGCGGGAAGGCCUUCCUGGAGGCCCAUGAGCUGGAGCAGCACCGCGUGAUCCACGAGAGAGGGAAGACGCCGGCCCGGAGAGCGCAGGGCGACGCUCUGCUGGGGCUCGGGGACCCCGCCCUGCUCACCCCGCCCCCUGGAGCCAAACCGCACAAGUGUCUUGUCUGCGGAAAGGGGUUCAACGACGAGGGCAUUUUCAUGCAGCACCAGAGGGUCCACAUCGGAGAAAACCCCUACAGAAAUUCCGACGGCCUCCCCGCCCACCCAGCCCCCAGGCCUCCUCAGCUCCGGCCUCCCAGGCUCCCUUUUGGAGGCAACUCCUACCCAGGUGCUUCCGAGGGCAGAGCUGACCCCCUUAAAGUGCCCGAGGGCCAGGAGGGCUUCAGCCAGAGGCUGGGCCUGCUCUCCCCCAAGUCCUACAUUUGUUCCCACUGUGGGGAAAGCUUUCUGGAUCGGGCCGUGCUCCUCCAACACCAGCUCACCCACGGCAACGAGAAGCCCCUUCUCCUUCCUGAUUAUAGGAUUGGCUUAGCAGAAGGGGCGGGGCCCAGUCCCUUCCUAAGUGGAAAGCCCUUUAAAUGCCCUGAGUGCAAAAAAAGCUUUGGGCUCAGCUCUGAGCUGCUGCUGCACCAGAAAGUCCAUGCAGGUGGGAAAACGCAGAAGAGUCCAGAGCUGGGCAAGAGCUCCUCUGUCCUCCUGGAGCACCUCAGGAGCCCCCUGGGGGCCAGACCCUACAGCUGCUCAGAUUGUGGGGCCUCCUUCCUGGAUCGCCUGGCACUCGUCCGGCACCAGGAGACACACACCCAAGAAGAGUCCUCCAGACCAGAAGACCCCCUUCCAGAGCCAGUCACCCCACCCCCAAGCCAGGAAGGAGAAAGGGAGGCCCCCACACCCGCAGGGAGCAGCAGCCAUGGGGAAGGGGAAACCCCCAAAACGCUCUUGGAGGAAAAGCCCUAUCGGUGCCCCGAGUGUGGAGAUGGCUUCACAGAGGUCGCAGCCCUCCUCCUCCAUAGGAGCUGCCACCCAGGGGUUGCCCUGUGACAUGGGUCUGGAGGCCGGGGCCUCUCUCUCCUGAGAGGAACACUGGAUCUCCCCAAAUAUUGUACGAGAAAAGAAAGAAAACCCUCUCAGAUUGUAGACGUGUGGAUGAUAAAGGACCCCGGGUAAAAUAGUGCUUUUAUAUCAGUGGUAAGAAACCCUAUAAAUUGUUGGUGGGAACCACUUAUAAUGCAGUAGAGAAAAACCGUUGGGUUAGAAACCCUAUAAAUACGUAGGAGAAAAGCCCUUUAAGUCUGUAGCAGAAGAUCCCUAUACACUAUAGUGGAUAAAAGCCCUAUUAAUUGUAGGAUGAGGUCCCGUAUGUCUCUAGACAACCCUAGCAAACUGUUCUGAAAUCCUUGUAAACCUGGAGGGUCGGGGAAAUGCAGGGACUAUAGCCAGGGCAUUGACUUGGGAGCAGGGACCCUCAGAAGGUGUAAAAGAACCUCCCGUGAACUUGUCCAACAGUGUUCUUUCUCUCCUCCUGGCACGUGGGAGGGAGCUCAUCCCCAGAAGCCUUGGACAGUUACCCUGAGUAAAUGUGGGAACUGGAAAAGGAAGGAAACAAAGACAGGACAAAAAUAAGUGAUGAAGAGCCCUCAGAUCCACAGAGGAGAAAUGGCCCAGGAACUAGGAGGAGAAAGUCCAGCUCAUUGCACUGGGGGUUCCUCGGGGCACAAGGCCAAUCCUAGACAAAUUGUGUGCUAAGAGGAACAGGCCCAUGGAAUUCCUUAGCAGAAAGAAGCCAAAAAUGGGGAAGGAAAAAAAUGUGAUGUUGAGCCUUUUAAAGGCUGAAGUUUGGGGUGCAUAUAACUUUAAGUGUAAGAGUACUGGGGAACCACCAAAAAAUUUUAGGGGGAAGAGUCAGGGGGUUCUGUUAGAGUGCUUUGAGGGAAGGAGGCCAGGUGGAGAAACUGUUCAGAUGGAACCCAGCUAACUCCCGGCUGUCUUCCCCGUUCCUGGGAGCUUGUUAAGCUGCAAGUGCGAGCAGACCCCAGCCAGGCAGGACACCCCUUUCCUGGGGACUUCUGUUCUGAGAGGCCUCCAGGAAUGGAAGGUCCCUCCUGCUUACAUCUCAGGUCUCACUGACAGGAGGUUCCUCCUGAACCCUAACUGCCACCCGUGUCACUGCAGUGGCAGCCCGUUUCCUUGAAUUCUGUCCUCGGUGAAGAGGGAGAACUGCUGCUAGUUGACCUCCAAAGAAUAAAGCCCUUCCCCUUGGGAGACGCAAGGCCUGUGUGCGCAUAAAUCCUCUCCAGCGUGCUCUUCUGCAAGUCAGCGGGAGCUCUGGUAGGUUCUCUGGCAACGAGAGACAGCAAGUUAAGAGAAUAGAGAGAUUUGAUUGGUCAGCGAUCUGCUCUUAAACCCCACUCUCUCCUCUGAGCUGAUAGCAAGGCUGCUGGCAGGACUAGCCAGCCUGUACAGUGAUGGGUAUCCAAACACCCCACAGAAGAGAAUAAGGAGGCCCGACCACCUUCCUCACCCCAUACCUGGAGCCCUCUAAAGUGACAACCCAGCCGGAUGGUGGUCUUGGGAAGGGAUGGAUUCCACCUACUUGACUCCUCUCCUCAGUCAGAAACCUUCAGAGGGAAACGGAAAGAUGAGAGCCACACCCCUGCCAGCCCCAUCUCCUGUUCUCACACACCAGUUACCCGCUUUCAUUAACCCAGCCAGACCUGCGAACGUGACUGGAUGUAUGCGGCAGGGGAGAGACUGCUGCCCUCUGAAAUGGUUGGAGAAAACUCUUGAAACAUCGGUAACAAGAACCCAUCCCCUGACCUUGGAGACACCAUCCAGUGCUGGGUCCAAAGGAAGUGCCCACUGACCCCAGUAAUGCACCGUGGUCCUGGAGUAAGACCCAACGUGCCAGGAGAGGUGGGCCCUUCAGGAGUCACGUCCCCGGGAGGGUGACCUGGAACCCUACAAGGCUGCGGAAGAGACGUCUCAUUUCAUUACCUGAAGUUCAAAAGGUGACAGUCCACCUCUCAUCUCCCCUGCCCCCAAAAGGAUAACCCUCGAAUUCAAAGGAUAAAAUCUAGAACACUAGGAGGAAAAGGCCAGGCCUGCGGGGAGGAGAAGGCAGGCAUGGCAUGAUUGUGGGGAGACCCUUCCUACCGUCUGCAUUGAAGUCCCACCCGACCCAAGUGCAAGGUCGGAAAGCACUACUGAGGGGAGGCGCCUGCCUGCGGGAGCUCUGCCAACAGAAGCCUCACGAAGGGCCGUCCCCGUGAGACAGGACCGGACACAGUCCUCCACGUCAGAGCAGAUUCUUUUCCCUCUAAGAUGGCAGCAGAAAGAAACUCCAGUGGGAGGCAAACCCCCUUUAAAGGUAGAAGCAGAACCCCCCAAACCGUCUGAGAAAUCUGUCUCCGGGAGAGUCCUGGGGAGCAGCCUUCGGAGCUCAGGGGCCAGUCCAGGGGGAGGUGGUCAGUGUGGCCAAAGGCCGGCUGCGGGCCUGUUGAGGACCUGGGUGUAGCUUAUGUAGUGGGGUGCUCGCAUGUUGUAGGAACGGGUUAGGGCCAGGAGUUGAGGCUCCGGUACUUCAGUGGAUGAUGUGGAUUCGAUGAGUUGGGGUCUGGGGUUUUGUAGCAGGAAAGGGGCAGAGUCAGAGACCUUUGGGGUAUGACCUGUUCUCCGUUGCCCACUUCCCCAAACUCCUUAAGCCAGUGCUCCUCUCCCAGAACAAGUUACAUCUCGGGAGGAACUAAGCAGGGGAUUGGUUGGGCAGGUGGCAAUGUCCAGAGUCCCUCUGACCAGCUCAGGCAGAGGCCCGGAUCGUCCUGGAAGGCCUCUUGUCCAACUCCACGCAGGCCUGACUCUUCAGAAGUGCCCACUGAGGAGCCCAGCAGCGAGGGUCACAGAGUCAUUGGUGAACGCAGAGGGAAGAAUAGAAACUGAUCCGAGCUUAGGGUGAAACUCGAAACUGCUAUGGAUAUGGAGGUCAGAAGGGAACUCGAAAGAACUGGGCAUGAAUCCUGAAUGAUGGGGAAACUUGAAACCAUCACCGAGAGGGGGUUCCAUGGCACCUGCCCCUGAGGUGAGCAGCCCCAAACUCCUUUGCCCUCAUUAGGGAAGCCCCUCACCUUACUUGUGCCCCUGGAGUGAAGAGAGGCCCCACUUUUGAGUGUUGUGUGUCAAUAACAGUGUUGUGUCACUGGUGGUCAUGUUGAUUAGUAGAAGAGAAUAAAGGGAAUAAGAUUUCCCAGG